ACCCCCACACAGCCCUGUAUUUUCUCAGCUUGACGUUUCUCAGUUCAGAGAACACCAAGCUUUCAGUUUCCUCUUCCUUACCUUAUCUUUAGCUUUCACUUUCUCUCUCACCUACCAUUACUCUAUUUUUCUUUCUUUUUGUUUUCUCUUCAUCUUCUCUGUUUUUGUGCAUACAAAAUUCACACACACUAUGCAGGCUAUAGUUCCAACCCCACCUCAUAAUCUUAAGUGCUUUACCGGCACUACUCCUCCGCCGCUCGCCCGUGUGGGACGUCUCGUUGUCCAGAGCGUUUACCGCUCCGAUUCCGUGCACUUUUCCAACGGUGUUGGCUCGAGUCGAGCAGACUGGCAGAGCUCCUGUGCCAUCCUCUCCAGCAAGGUCGUUUCCCAGCAGCAGCCCAAUGAGAAGCCUGGCGCUGGUGCCGCCGGAUCCGGCGGUGCAGACCAUGUUGCUGCAGUAAAUGGCCACAAGACUACCAUUGACCUCAGUCUCGUCCCCAUCGAUACCGCCGAUAAAGAUAACAACAAACCGCAGCCGAAGGCUCUCACCAUAACCGAUCUUUCCCCAGCACCCAUGCACGGUUCGCAGCUCCGCGUGGCUUACCAAGGCGUUCCCGGUGCUUACUCCGAAGCUGCUGCUGGAAAAGCGUACCCGAAGUGUGAGGCCAUCCCUUGCGACCAGUUCGAAGUGGCUUUCCAAGCCGUGGAGCUGUGGAUCGCCGAUCGCGCUGUUCUCCCCGUCGAGAACUCCCUCGGCGGCUCGAUCCACCGCAACUACGAUCUCCUACUCCGCCACAGGCUACACAUAGUCGGCGAGGUCCAGUUACCGGUCCACCACUGCCUCUUGGCCCUACCGGGGGUUCGGAAAGAGUACUUGACCCGAGUGAUUUCCCACCCGCAGGCUCUCGCCCAGUGCGAGCUGACUCUUACCAAACUUGGCCUCAACGUUGCGCGUGAAGCAGUGGACGACACAGCAGGGGCAGCUGAGUUCGUCGCAGCAAACAACCUGCGCGAUACGGCUGCGAUCGCUAGCGCACGCGCCGCCGAUUUGUACGGCAUGAACAUUCUGGCAGACGGGAUCCAGGACGACUCGAGCAACGUGACCCGUUUCGUGAUGCUGGCCCGAGAGCCGAUAAUUCCCAGGACGGAUCGGCCAUUCAAGACGAGCAUUGUGUUCGCUCACGACAAGGGGACGUCGGUUCUGUUUAAGGUGCUGUCGGCGUUUGCUUUCAGGAACAUAAGCCUAACGAAGAUCGAGUCGAGGCCGCACAGGAACCGCCCGAUCCGGUUGGUGGACGACGAGAACGAGGGGACAGCGAAGCAUUUCGAGUACAUGUUCUAUGUGGACUUCGAGGCUUCAAUGGCGGAAGUAAGAGCACAGAACGCUCUGGCGGAGGUGCAGGAAUUCACCUCCUUCUUGAGGGUGCUGGGCAGCUAUCCCAUGGACAUGACGCCUUGGUGCCCCUCCCGGGGAGAUUAGCAAAAUCCAUCCCAAACAAAUAAUAAUUAAAAAAAAAAAAGAAAAAAAAAAAGACAGCAUAUAUUCCAAUCAUUUUACUUUAUUUUUUUAUUAUCAUUUUUCUUUUCUAUUUUCCCGAGAAAAAAAAAAUCUUAAAUUGUAUUGAUGGAUGGAGAAGCAAAGCAAGAAGAAAUGAAGGGACUGUUUGGUGGGGUAGAAAAAGAAAUCAAUGUAUGUAUGAAAGAAUGAAUGUAAGUAGGCCAUCGUGAUGAGAAAAUGCCACUAAAUUUUGUGGUGGUUAUGUGUAAGUGUCAAUACCCUCCACCCAAUCAUUUGUUUGUAUGUUAAAUGUUUGGGGAAUUUCCAAAAAAAAUAGAAUUGAAUUUCAAAAAUAGAAAAAAUGAUCGAUAUUAUAUUUGCAA